UGAACCUUUCUCUUCCGGAUUGAGCGUCCGGGUGGACACACGUGGUUGCUGUGCCGGUUUGUGGGUCGGCGGUGGUGAGAGAAGUCGCUUCAGCUGUGGCCCCCAAAGUGACUAAGCCGAGCCGGAGCCAUGGAGGGCCACAGCGUGGAGGAGCUGCUGGCAAAGGCGGAGCAGGACGAGGCAGAGAAGCUGCAGCGCAUCACGGUGCACAAGGAGCUGGAGCUGGAGUUUGACCUGGGCAAUCUGCUGGCUUCCGACCGGAACCCCCCAACGGGGCUGCGGCGGGCGGGACCCGCUCCGGAGGCCGAGCUGCGGGCCCUGGCGCGGGACAACACGCAGCUGCUCAUUAACCAGCUGUGGCAGCUGCCGACGGAACGCGUGGAAGAGGCGCUGGUGGCGCGGCUGCCCGAGCCCACCACCCGCCUGCCGCGGGAGAAGCCGGUGCCCCGGCCGCGGCCGCUUACGCGAUGGCAGCAGUUCGCGCGCCUCAAGGGCAUCCGGCCCAAGAAGAAGACCAACCUGGUAUGGGAUGAGGUGAGCGGGCAGUGGCGGCGCCGCUGGGGCUAUCAGCGCGCCCGGGACGACACCAAAGAAUGGCUGAUCGAGGUGCCCGGCGGCGCCGACCCCAUGGAGGACCAGUUUGCCAAGCGCAUUCAGGCCAAGAAGGAACGGGUGGCCAAGAACGAGCUGAAUCGGCUGCGUAACUUGGCCCGCGCGCACAAGACCCAGCUGCCCAGCACGGCCGGCCUGCACCCUACGGGACACCAGAGUAAGGAGGAGCUGGGCCGUGCCAUGCAAAUAGCCAAGGUCUCCACCGCUUCUCUGGGGCGCUUCCAGGAGCGCCUCCCUAAGGAGAAGGCGCCCCGGGGCUCCGGCAAGAAGAGGAAGUUCCAACCCCUUUUCGGGGACUUUUCGGCUGAGAAAAAGAACCAGCUGGAGCUGCUUCGGGUCAUGAACAGCAAGAAGCCCAAGCUGGAUGUGACCAAGGCCACCAAUAAGCAGAUGAGGGAGGAGGACCAAGAGGAGGCCGCCAAGAAGAGGAAGAUGAGCCAGAAGGGCAAGAGAAAGGGAGGCCGGCAGGGGCCUGGGGGCCAGCGGAAAGGGGGCCCGCGCAGCCACGGGGGGAAGCGGAAAGGGGGCUCGGGGAGCAAGAUGAAUUCCGGGCCGCCGGGCUUGGGCGGCAAGAGGCGAGGAGGUGGAGGAGGGGGACAGCGCCCAGGAGGAAAGAGGCGGAAGUAGCAGUUUCACUCUGGGACCCGCACUGUAAACCGAGACCUGCACGUGCCAAAUGUUAACAUCCAGGGACUGUAGGCGGGUGCGGCGGAGGCGGCUGCUGCCUUCCGAGAGCUUGAGGCUGACGGGACGGGAUUGCCCUCCCCUCAAGAGCCUGUAAGUUGUCAGUUCUGCCGGGUUGAUGUUUUCCCCACACCUGAGAUGGACUGGAGAUUAAGGGUGUGCCAGGGAAACAAUGUGUUGAUCAAAACUGGGAAUGAGUUCUAAAAGAGUCAUCUUUCUAACUUUGGAUAUGGGGUGAGGGAGAGCCGGCCACACUUCCCAACCUUAACAGAUUGAUUUAUACUUCUCUGCAUUAUUUUUAUAACAAGUAUGUAGAUUUAUCAGCAGCGGGGAGGUUACAGAUAUUUUCAGAACUGGGUUUACAAGAAACAGAUGUAAAAGUUAUUUAAUAAAGUGUAACUGUA